GUAGGUAUGGCUGCUCCAGAGGCUUGUGGCAAAAUUUGCAUGAGAAGAAUGAGAUCCACUCCCCCUCCCCCCCCCCCCCACCCGGACUGUGGUCCUGGGCUGAGGUCUGACAGCAGGUAGAGGAGGCUGUGACCUGAGUGAGGUGCCAUCUCACCAUCCCCACCACUGCAGAGCCGAUGCCCCGUGUCUUUUUGGUCAGGAGUCGGCGUCCACAGCCACCCAACUGGGGCCGCCUGCCCGACCAGCUCCGGGGAGAUGCCUACAUCCCAGAUUGCAGCAGCCAAGGAGGGCUGGCAGUACACCAGACUUCCAGCAGCAGGAACUCGUGGGCAGCGCCCAUACAGGGAACCCUGGCUUCCACUCCCAGGGGUCCUGGGACACUUGGCUGCCCGUUGUGCCCCAAGGCUUUCCCCCUGCAGCGCAUGCUGACUCGGCACCUCAAGUGCCACACCCCUGCACGGCGCCAUGUGUGCUGCUGCUGUGGCAAAGGCUUUCAUGAUGCCUUCGAUCUCAAGCGUCACAUGAGGACUCACACUGGGAUUCGGCCUUUCCGCUGUGGAGCUUGUGGGAAAGCUUUCACGCAGCGCUGUUCCCUGGAAGCACAUCUGGCCAAGGUGCACGGGCAGCCGGCCAGCUACGCGUACCGCGAACGCCGUGAGAAGCUGCACGUGUGCGAGGACUGUGGCUUCACCAGCGCCCGGCUUGAUGCCUACACACAGCACCGCACCCUGCAUCACGCCGCCUGA